UUACAUGGAAACAAAUUCACAGGGCCAAUCCCUUCUUCUCUUGUUGGAAACUUGACACAAUUGAGUGAGCUCUAUUUAAAUGAUAAUCGAUUGCAAGGAAAAAUACCUUCAAGUCUUGGAAGAUGCCAAUAUUUGUUACGUUUGGACUUUUCCAGUAAUAGUUUACAUGGUGUCAUCCCCAAAGAGAUAUUUAAUCUUUCCAUGUUAAUAGAGCUAAACUUGAGUAAAAAUUCUUUCUUUGAUUCUCUAACUUUGGAAGUGGGUCGAGUGACCAAUCUCGAAAUCCUAGAUGUUUCUGAGAACAUGUUGUCUAGAGAAAUCCCUAGCACCCUUGGUACUUGUACAAGCCUAGAGCAACUUUUUAUGGAUGGUAACUUAUUUCAAGGAUCUAUUCCAUCAUCUUUGAGUUCUCUAAGAGGUCUUCAAGAUUUAGAUCUUUCACACAACAACAUCUCCGGUUUGAUCCCAAAAUACUUGGUUACGCUUAAGUUGUUACAAAAUUUAAAUUUAUCAUUUAAUCAUUUGGAGGGUGAGGUAGCAGUAGAUGGAGUCUUUCGAAAUUCGAGUGCAAUUUCAGUCAUUGGAAACAAUAAGCUUUGUGGAGGUCUACCAAAACUUCAUUUGCCAGCAUGCCAAACUCAAAAGGAGAAAGAUGGCAGACAUCAUGUUUUCAAGCUGAUAAUCAUCAUAUGUGGUUGUGGGGGCUCCCUAUGUCUAAUUUUUAUGAUUCUUCUUUUCAUUAUCUAUUGGAGAAGAAAAGAAAACAAAGAAUCCACUUUAUUUUCUAUAGGGGCUCGUCAUUUUAAGAUCUCUUAUGCCCAACUCCUUAAAGCUACCGAUGGAUUUUCUUCAGCAAAUUUGAUUGGAGUGGGGAGUUUUGGUUCUGUGUACAAAGGAAUUCUCAAUUAUGGGGAAACUAUUGUUGCAGUAAAGGUCCUCAACAUUAGACAAAGAGGUGCUUCCAAGAGUUUCAUGGUUGAAUGUGAGUCCCUUAGAAACAUCCGCCAUCGUAAUCUUGUAAAAAUCAUAACAUCUUGCUCAAGUAUAGAUUUUGAAGGCAAUGAUUUUAAGGCUUUAGUAUAUGAGUUCAUGCCCGGUGGGAAUUUGGAGAGUUGGUUACAUCCACAUGCAAAUGGCAUACAAGAUGAACAAAGGAAUUUAAACCUUGUUCAAAGAUUGAAUAUUGCCAUUGAUAUGGCAACUGCAUUGGAUUAUCUUCACCACCAUUGUCAUACGCAGAUUAUUCAUUGUGAUCUAAAGCCAAGCAAUAUUCUUCUCGAUGAUGAUCUGACUGCACAUUUGGGUGAUUUUGGGAUAUCAAGAAUACUUUCCAAAGCAACAAGUCGAUAUCAAAAUCACACAAGCUCAAUCGGAAUAAAGGGAUCGAUUGGAUACAUUGCACCAGAGUAUGGUGUAGGUGUUGAUGUCUCAAUGCAUGGUGAUGUCUAUAGCUAUGGGAUUCUCUUGUUAGAGAUGUUCACAGGGAAGCGGCCUACUCAUGAAAUGUUCAAAGAUAACUUUAAUCUACACUGUUGGGCUCAGAUGGCUUUGAAUGAUGGAGUGAUUGCUAUAAUUGACCCAUCACUUCUUCCCAUGGAAGAAGAUGAAAAAGAUGCAACUGUAAUCACCAUCACUGGAAGUCGAAGCGUGAAGGAUAGAGUGCAAGAGUGUCUUAAUUCAAUUAUUAGAAUUGGAAUUGUCUGCUCUGCUAAAUCACCAUGUGAUCGAAUGGACAUAAAUGAUGUGGUCAAAGAGCUACAUUUGAUCAAGGACAUUUAUCUUGGAGAUCUGGUCACCAAGGUGACUCUAUUUUCCGGUCCCAGUAAGGCUGGCUUGUAUGACUUCACUCCUGCAUCCACUCCUUCUGCGCAUUUGACGUCUGGCUCCUCCUAUGAUCGUUGGUACCAUCGUUUGGGUCAUCCACAUGAUCGUGCUCUUCAUCUCAUGGUUCUGGAUCAGCGUCUUCCUCAGACUCCUCAUCUAUGUUCUGCUUGUCAAAUGGGCAAGGCCCAUCGUUUACCUUUGCAUGAAACUGCUUCUCGUGGUUAUUUUCCUUUAGAUUUAAUUUUCAGUGAUGAAUCCAUGAAUCUAGUUGGCUACAAGUGGGUCUACAGGGUUAAACGCAAGGCUGAUGGUUCUGUUGAGCGAUAUAAAGCCCGCCUUGUUGCAAAAGGCUAUCACCAACAACCAGGUCUGGAUUACAAUGAAACAUUCAGUCUUGUGAUCAAACCCACCACUAUUCGUACCAUUUUGUCACUGGCAGUUACGAAUGGCUGGUCGGUCAGACAGUUGGAUGUCUAG